AACAAUGCGCAAUUACCUCUGGUUUGGCAACGUAUAAAGAUGUACCGGGCCUCUUUGAGCGCACAGUAAACAUGUCCACAAUCCUAAGCUACACAUGCCUUUUUGCAGCGAUCUUCCAAUUGAGUUCGGCUGCGGUUCCGUUCCAAGUGUGCAAACGAACCGACCCCAAAUUAGCGGAAUGUCUGAAACCUGCCAUCGAGAACGCGCUGAUCCUACUCGAAAAUGGGCUUCCCGAGUACGGAAUUCCCUCGAUCCAGCCAAUAUCGGUGGAAUCGUGGAUGGUUCCGGCGAGACCUCCUCUGGUCUACGAUCAGAAGUUUCGCAACUCCAAGUUUUACAAUUACCCGCUGACCAAAAUAGAGGAUCUGAGCAUCAACAUUGACGACCCCAACAUUUUCAUCGGAUUUACGGCGCACAACCACAACGUGUCCUACGAAACCGAAUUUGAGUUCGACGGCGCAAUCAUCGACGGUGAGGACUUGAGCUGUUCGGGAGACCUUACGUAUAUUUACAACGAAAUGGAGUUUCAGCUCAACUUCACAGGAACCGAGGUGACCAUCGGUGGGGAUAAGAAGAUCAACAUAACAAAUGUAGACAUGAACGUAAUAAGCAUGGAGAGGUUCUUCACCGAGUUCCGCGGUAAAGACACCGAGCGCGUGGCGAAGCUGAGCAAGUUUUACCAUAACAACGCUCAGUACCUCGUCGCCAAAGAAAAGGAUGUCUACGAAAAGGCCUACGCUAACAUCUUCAAAGACGUCGCCAACGACGUGUUAUCCAAGUUUUCCUUCGAUUCCCUCUUUCCCAAGUAACAUUCUGCUACUGGUCAGCGCAAGCAUUCAGAUACCGUCGUAUUAGCACGUUGUAAAAAUCAACAAAUACACCAUUAUUCAA